UAUCGCUGGAUGUACCCAUUUGAAAGAUAUUUGAGAAAACUGAAAAAAAAAGUGAGCAAUAAAGGGAGGGUGGAAGGAAGCAUUAGUAGCGGAUACUUAAAUGAAGAAACCGCAAAGUUUGCAGCUUAUUAUUUUUCAGAAGGUGACCCAAUGAUACCUGAGCGGCUGCAAAGAAAUGAAGUUUGUGACAUUGAAGUCGACGAUGAUGUUGAGAGACUAUCGAUUUUCAAGCCGCAAGGGCAAUCAGUGGGUGCUUGCCGCAAGAGAUAUCUUGAAGAUGCUGAGAUUGUUGCUGCCCGGACAUAUGUUCUGUUGAAUUGUUCAGAAAUUGAAAAUUACAGAGAGGUUUUCGAAGGCGAGUUGCGUAGAGGAAACCCUGAAAUCAGCACCUCGCAAAUUGAAGCAAAGUUCGAGAGUGACUUUGCCUGCUGGUUUCAACAAUAUGUGCAAGAUCCAACUGUCUGUACCAAUCCCUUCAUUCUUAGUCUCGCUAAAGGACCUCUUAGAUCAGUCAGAACAUUUAAGGGGUACCGUGUAAACGGGUUCAAGUUUCAGACUUAAGCUUAUG